UCAGUUAUCGGACAUCCUGUAUAGGUUAUCUUGAUGCAACAAAUGUUUUUUCAAUGACAUUUUCUUCAUAUUGAAUUAUUCUUAGAAAAAACUUUAGAAUUUAUAUUUAACAUUUGAUUAUUUCAAUCUUCUACAUUUAAUUUUUAUUCUUAAUUUUAAUAAAUAAAUUAUUUUAAUAAAUAAAUUAUUAAUUAUUACGUAAUUGCAGAUAGAAUAUGUGCGCGACCAGCGCCCGUUAAAUAAUCCAAUAAAAAUUAAUGAGACAGAUGCAAUUAAUGAAUAGGUCCGACAAAUUUUGUUUUACGAUCUCUUUAUUAUUCAUUUUUUAUUAGCGUUGUGGGGAAAAUAAUGCACAUAUAUUGUGAAUGUAUAUUUAUGCGUCUGUGAAAAUAUAUGAUGUGUUGUUGCCGCGGUGCGCGAUGUCCUGCGUCCUGGUUUCCUGAUACAGCAUCCUGCUUGCACCGCCAUAGCACUACGGGAUACUAACUCGCGAUACUGAUACUCGUAUACAGAUUUGUAUGAUCCGACCGGAAAAACACAUGUUAAUUAACGCGCUGUCGAUGAGAGCCCGAUUAAACGUUUCAAUAGUCGGCAAGGUAUUUUGUUUGAAUAUAAUAUGACGGUUGCGCGUGGGAAAAUACGCGACGCGUACGACAGUAUCAAAAAAACAACAGGCAAGAAGAGCCACGUUAUCUGCGAAGCGUCAUAGCCCGCGGCUGAAGAUAACAACACAAUCCAAACAUUGCAGACCUUCAAGGCGGUCAAACUGGUCCUCGCGCGCGCCCCGCACUUUCGCGAACAUUCCCAUUACGUCCCGAGCCGGCAAGCAAUACGUACACCGCGCCGUACGCGCGCAUUCACUUAUCGUCGGGUGAUUAGAACAUUUCGUUGACGUUUGACACGUUUAAUCGGCUCGCGUCUUGUCGGCAUCACGUUUUCAACCUCGUGCACGUUUUCGAUUGAUCUGUACUUAUGCGAGUGUCAGUGCCAGUGUGAGUGUCAGUGUAAAUGCCACAAGAUUGAGGACGACAUACAAUGGAGCCAGGAUGCUGAAUUUGGAAGCGGAUGUUGGAUGAUAGGAUAUCAGUAGCGACUCAUCGUAUAUUUCAAGUUUUACCAGCUCCUGGAAGCCAGUCAGGUGGCCAAUACCACGCUCACGUAUCGCCACGUGACCGUAUUUGCGCCCACUAAUCGAGCGUUCCAGAAGUACAACGGAAGCACGAAGAACUUGGUUCUCUAUCAUAUGUCGAACCGGCCUCUGACGAUCGAGGAGCUCAGGGACUCGAUAUCCUCCGAGUUGGAGGGCAACCCACCCCUGUGGAUCACCAGGAGAGUGAGCGCGCAUGGCGUGGACGUGUACAUCAACAACGCCAAGAUCCUCUUGGAGCAGAGCAACUUCCAAUCGAAGCUGAAGGUCAACGGCGACACCAUGACUCAGGUUCUGCACAUUAUAAACGAAGUGCUGGAGCCGGUGCGAUCCAAUUCGGCGGAGUCGCCGAUCUACAACCCGAACGCCUUUCAGUUCUUGAACCAGAGCGAGAAUCUCAAUUUGGGCGACCAUCGCGUACGUACCUUCCGACAGCGGAUCGUCAUCGAGAAGAAGGAGGGCAUCUUUAAGGCCGAGGGACGUUAUACCUUCUUCAUCCCCGUUGACGAGGGUUUCAAGCCGGAACCGCGGCCGCAGAAGAUCGAUUCGCUGGUGAUCGACGGUCACGUCAUACCCAACCAUGUCCUCUUCACCGCGCCGACGCCGGACAACGUGCCCCAUCCGGCCCUCGUAUUCUCCGAGAAUCUCAAAGUCACCAUCAGCUUUCUGCAAGCGCAUAAUAAAGUCUACGUCAAAUCGAAUACAAUAGUGGGCGACCCGAAUCACCCGACCGGAGUGGUGCUGGCAGAAAUAGUGAAGGCAAACAUCCCGGUGCGCAACGGCGUGGUCCAUCUGAUACAACGGCCGCUCAUGGUCGUCGACGCCACCGUGAAGGAUUUCCUGGAGGUUUUCAAGUCCUUCAAGGAAAAGGAGGACGGGCCCGUGUACAAGUUUUACGAGACCAUCCGCGAUUUCGGCGAAGACAUCAUGAGCACCAUUAGUCACCUGCGCGACGUAACCCUCUUCGCGCCCAGCAACGCCGCGCUGGAGGAGCCGGGCGUCAAGCAGAUCCUGCAGGACAAGAAGCGUGUCAAGGAGAUCCUCAACCUGCACUACGUCAAGGAACGAUUACCCCUCGAGAAGAUCAAAGAUAAGAGCGUCAUCCAGAAACCAACAGUUGGGAGGCAACAUUCCGGGGUGCAGACCGCCGCUGACAGAAAGAAGCUCUACUUCAACGUGGUGCAGGGACCUACCGGAAAUCAAACCGUCACCGUGGAGGGCGGCGGCGUGAACGCUACCAUCAUCACUGCCAACAUCGCCGCCACAAACGGAAUUAUUCACAUAAUCGACAGGUUUCUCGGAGUGCCGUACACCACUGUGCUCGAAAAGCUCAGGACCGACCCGAUGCUCAACACGACCUACGUGCUGGGCCAGCGACGCGGGUUCAACGAUCAGCUGAACGACACGACGAAGCGGUUCACGUACUUCGUCCCGCACGACUACGCCUGGUCCUUGGCGUCCGAUAGAUAUCCGUCAACGUGCAAGAAGCUCUUCAUGCCUGAGUACAGUUAUCAUACGAAGCAGAUCCUGGAGCGGCACCUUGUGAUAGCGGACGAGGCGUACACGAUGGCGAAGCUGAAGGAGUUGAGCAACGACACCAUCUUCUUGCAGGCGGCCAGGGACAACCUGAAGCUCCGCGUCAAGGAGCACGGCGAAAAUGAGAAGUACGACGAAAACGCAAUCCGUCCAGAUACGCAAUCCGGCUACAGCGUGGAGUGGCAGGGCGAAUGGAUCCGAGUCUUCCGUCCGGACGUCGAGUGCACCAAUGGCAUCAUCCACGUGAUGGAGAAGGUGUUCCUCAAGGACAGCGACGUGCGGGUGACGGGCGGCGCGUCACUCGCCACCCUCGCCCCCCACCUAAUCAUGAUGCUGAUAGCCAAGUGGCACCUGUAAAAUCCGUUCGCGUGUCUCGCAUAGGUGCAUCUAUAGAAAUUUCCUUGGGGCCGUCUCCGAUCGUUCUCGCGCGACCAACAGCAAUAGCAGCAGUACCGCGACGACGACGCAACAGAACGCAACGCAGGGUAGGCAUGGUCGAUCGUCCCGUUCAUCCCGCUUAGGACGCUCGUUACACAGUGAACAGAGUGGGAGGGAAGGGGGGAGUAGGGAACGACAAUCGCGAGGAUCCGAAGGCCCGAGAGAAUCCGAAAAACCAAAGACCCACAGAAGCCACGAUCCGCGCGACAACUGGAUCGGUGGAUAUACGCGGAGACAUGACACGAGGGUCCGCGGAUCUGAGGAUUCGCUCGCGUUCGCGUACUCUACUCGCUACCAACGGACAUGAGAGAGCGUGGGAAAGGGGGAAGUGUGAAGGGGAACGAAGGUGUUGGACCCGCUCGCGUUGGCGAUCGCACGAGGAACGAAGGGAGCUCUCACCGAGGGCGCACCGACGGGAGGACGACCGAGCACUUCACGAUCGCACGGCCUCAAACAGCCAGGAUAGCCUAUUAUUUAUUGAGUAAUCGUCCGUGAAUACUCUGACAGACAAACACAUACACACACGCGCACACACACACAUACACACACACAUACGCGUAACAGACACAUUCACACAUAGCGGGACAAUUUUACGGGUUAGGAGCGUUAAUCGUACCAAAUAAAAUGAUUAGUCGCGCGUAUCAAGUUAAUUUAAAUAAAUUUAUCGACGGGAGGGUAGGACACAGGAGAAGGCAGAAGAGGAGAUUUCGAGGUAUCCACUU